UCAGAAAGGAGUUAAACGAAUACUUCAGAAAAGCUAACUUUCCCUCAUUCAGUCGCCAUUACCAAAUCAAAUAAUGCAAUGAUGCUCCUCUCUCAUUGACACCUUUUCUAUCUAAUACCCACUCUUUGCUUUGCUUCUACUGUCUCUCUGUCUCUCUGUCUCUCCCUCUCCUCUUGUAAGGGACGAAGCGGGUUUAUUUCUUUGCUCCUCUGGCUGAUUUUCUUGGAGAACUGGUUCCCAUUCGCGGAAUAGCUCCAAUGGAAACUGGGUCGACUUCAAAAUCCCGAGGUAAGGCUGAGAGAGUGAAGGGUGGUGGUACCACCAGACUUAGUUCUAUGCUUCAAAAGAUCGAGCCGUUUAUGCCAAGAAUCGAUCACAACCCGAACGAACUGAGAUCUUGGGCCAAGAGGACCGGCUUUGUCUCUGAUUACUCUGGAGGGACUCAGGCAAGUGCCAGCGAGAAGAAUGAUAGUGCUUUGUUUGAUUUGGAGAAGGGCCUUGAUUCUAUAAACGGCGGGUCGUCGCCGAAAAUAGAGAUCGACCCGGUUCUGGGCCGGACAAAGCCCAACCGGGGGAUUGAAAUCGAACCGGUGGUGAAAAAUGAGAGGGAUGGAACAGGGAGGGGUGAAGAUCAGAGUAGGAGGACUGGGGAUGAGGCUAAAGUCGAUGAGAGGAAAGUUGGUUCGAAUGGAAGUGUGCACCGUAAUGGGAAUGGGAAUGUGAAUGGAAUUGCGAAUGCGAAUGGAAAUGGCCACGGAAACGAAGUCCCAGCUGUUGCCCCAACGGUUGAGCCAAAGAAAGACGAUAGUCUAGCUGAAAGAGAUGCGAAACUCGAUUUUCCUUAUGGUGAAGAACCUGCUCCAGGUGGGUGGCACAGGCCGUCCGGAUUGAAAUGUGGGCUCAGAGAAAAUCCUGGUUUUGUACCGUUGAUAUAUUAUGGCCUGCAGCACUAUCUAUCUUUGGCUGGUUCACUAAUAUUCAUCCCCUCUAUAAUUGUACCAGCCAUGGGUGGAACAGAUAAGGAUAUCGCUACUGUGAUUUCAACAAUGCUGCUGGUUUCUGGCGUCACGACAAUACUGCACUCCUACUUUGGCACACGACUUCCUUUAGUUCAAGGGAGCUCAUAUGUAUAUCUGGCACCAGCAUUAGUAAUCAUGAAUGCUCGAGAAUAUCGUGAUCUUACUGAACAUAAAUUCAGGCACAUAAUGAGGGAACUGCAAGGGGCAAUAAUCGUUGGUUCAAUAUUUCAGAGCAUUUUGGGAUACAGUGGCUUGAUGUCCCUUUUUUUAAGGUUUAUUAACCCAGUUGUGGUGGCACCAACUGUUGCCGCUGUAGGUCUAGCGUUUUUUAGCUAUGGCUUCCCAGAAGCUGGUAGUUGUGUGGAAAUCAGCAUUCCACAGAUACUCUUACUUCUUAUAUUUGCCCUGUACCUUCGUGGAAUAUCCAUCUUUGGGCAUCGUGUAUUUCGAAUUUAUGCGGUUCCACUGAGCAUUAUGAUUAUAUGGACAUAUGCAUUCUUUUUGACAGCAGGAGGAGCAUACAAUUACAAAGGCUGCAGUCCUGACAUACCCAGUUCCAACAUCUUAAUUGAUGCGUGUAGAAAGCAUGCAUACACCAUGAAGCAUUGCAGAACUGAUGUUUCAAAUGCAUGGAGAGCUGCUGCGUGGGUUAGAAUCCCCUACCCUUUGCAGUGGGGUAUUCCCAUCUUCCAUUUAAGGACUUCCUUGAUCAUGAUCAUAGUGUCACUGGUUGCGUCAGUGGAUUCGGUGGGAACAUAUCACUCUGCUUCUGUGCGGGUUAAUUCCAAGCCUCCAUCUCCAGGAAUUGUGAGUAGAGGAAUUGCAAUGGAGGGCUUCUGCAGUAUAUUGGCUGGACUUUGGGGUUCGGGAACUGGAUCAACAACCUUGACAGAAAAUGUCCAUACCAUUGACAUAACAAAGGUGGCAAGUCGAAGGGCGGUCGAAGUUGGGGCAGUUUUCUUGAUCCUCUUCUCGUUCGUAGGAAAAGUGGGUGCAAUUCUUGCCUCUAUACCACAGGCAUUGGCUGCUUCUGUACUGUGCUUCAUGUGGGCCCUUAUUGUGGCAUUGGGUCUUUCCACUUUGCAGUAUAGCCAAACAGCAAGUUUUAGAAACAUUACCGUAGUUGGUGUGUCAUUGUUCCUUGGGUUAUCCAUUCCGGCCUAUUUCCAGCAGUAUCAACCGGAAUCCAGCUUGAUACUGCCAAGUUAUUUUGUUCCUUAUGCAGCUGCUUCAAGUGGACCAGUCUACACCGGCAGUAAACAACUCGAUUUUGCAUUAAAUGCAAUUUUGUCAUUGAACAUGGUGGUGACGCUUCUUGUGGCAUUUGUACUGGACAACACUGUCCCAGGCAGCCGUCAAGAAAGGGGGGUAUACAUAUGGUCAAGGGCUGAAGAAAUUGCAAAUGACCCAUCACUUCUCUCAGACUAUGCUCUUCCAAGAAAAGUUGCCAAGUGCUUUUACUGGGCAAGAUGUUUGGGAGUGUGAUGAUUGGCAUCCAAUAGCUUUAGCAGCAGUCAACUAGUAGGGAAAUUGCUCUGCCUGGAGACCACUUCCUAGAAUUUUCUUUGGGUUGGUGAAGCAGUGAUCUUAGUAUAACAAAGCUGGAACCAGAAAAUAGGAUGGUUCUAUAUACAUAUCAAUAGAUUCUGUUGUAAUUGAGACAAACAUGAUUGACUGCUAAAUCAUUAUAUCAAUAGUCAAAAACAUUCUUUCAAAUA